UAAAAAUUAUAUUUCAUCCUUUUUUGCAAAAGCAAUGUAUACUCAUUGAACUAAUUCCAAAAAUAUAAGUGAAAUGCCCCCAAAACCUCACCCCACAGAGGUAACAUACACUUUUUGUUAGGACAAGGAACUCAUUUUGAGAUACCACAUCACCAGAAAUCAAAGCUUCUUCCUUACAAAAGUAGACUCAUUGACAAGUUUUUGCCAGAAGUAUACAACUAAAUAAUCUUAUGUGGAUCUAAUGUUGAUUUUUUAAUAUCUCUUAGGAAGUUGGCAUUAAUUCUAGCCGUGAGUUGGCAAAGCCUCUUUCCACUUUAUGUACAGGAUGUGCCUAAUUAGUGGUCCCUCCACGGAACACACACACACUUUUUUACAGCUAUUCUGUAAAGAUCACCAGGUAUUAGCUUCAAAUACAGAGGAAUGAUCCAGCAAACUAUUAUCUGGACAUUAAACAAUUAAAAAAUCAAAAUACUGUACAGUGAUGAUUGAUACAUGAUACAAUGAUAAUUGGCAUUCAUAAUGAUGACCUUGGAUUAGCCAACUAAGAUUAAAUCCUUAUCUUGAUGGUUUUAAUGUUGAAUAGUAUAAUCUAGGGUUUUAGGAAUAGGUGACCUAUAUGUAUGAUAAAAGGGUUAGCUAUAAAUAAAUCUGCUAACUCAACUAAUAACAUUAACUAGAAGACCCUGUUUUGAGUAACUGAGACUUGGUUAAAUAAUAACACUCCAAUUUGCUUUCAGAUAUAUGGCUGAUGCACUGAAUUGUUUCUCUCUUAGUGGGAGUGGAUUUAGUCACAUUUUUUCUCUUCCUGAAGCUCAGCCUCACAUACAUAAGGUGGCAGCUCAUGUGUGCUGCUUGAAUCUGACCUUAAUGACAUUAGCAAUAAUUCAUGUGUCAGUGCUAUUGGCAUAUGUCAGUGUUAUCUUAGACUGUGAAAUAUGUAGAGGGAGGGGUACGGUCUUAAAAACAAACAAAAUGGGCGCACUUUGUUGUAUGUAAAUUUUACCUCAGUAAAGUUGACUUCAAACAAAUUCUGACCCUGCAAAUAACUUUUGGGAAGGAUAUAAUGGCCUUGACCAAGAUGUGUGGUGAACAGUAAGCUUUGGGAAGCUGCCCCCUAAUACCGUAAGGAAGUUGUGUUCAUUUAUCAUCUUCCAAGCAUAAUCUAGGCUUCUGGCAAAUUAGACCCAACCACUUUGUUCUACAUUCAGUUGCAGGAGGGGGGGACCCUCCUAGGAAUUCUCAACUCCCUUUGAAACCCCACCAUUUUGGAAGGACUUAUGGUUAUAUGGAGGGCUCAGGAAUGCAAGGCACUGUGGGGUUUAUGCCAUGUCCCAAGAUACCUCCACCUGGGCCUGUAAUGGUUAGCCCCAGAAACAAAGUCCCCUUUUGCUGGAGCUGCCACCACUAGCUUCCCCCCUUCACUUACCCUCUCCCGCAGCGGGCCUUCCCCAUUGGCCAGCCAGACACAACCGACUGCGGCAGCCAAUGGGAGCUGCUCUCCUGAACAUUCAGAGGAUGGGUGCUCGUGGUGUGAUGAGGGAAGGUUGGCGCCUGGUACGCGCCCCCCUACAUCUGGCAAGUCUGUGACAGAAACAGUAACUAACACCCCCUUACACACGCACACUCGCGCCCCCCUGGCUCAAUGCUCUCAGCUGCUCGGUCCCCCGCAAUCCGCUGCGUGUCUUGGCAGUACCCUCCCCGGCUGCCUGGGGCACGUGAGUGCACCUGCUCACUCAAUAAGACAGAGCAUCCCUUUAUCCCAAGGGUGGGGGAGGAGGGGACCCGGAGCGGGGCAGCUGCAGAGGCGCGGCUCAGCUGCCCGCUGCUCCCAAGGCAAAAGAGAGGUAUCUUCGCUCUCCACCCCACCCUCGGCGAGUUGUGCUGCUCCCAGGCUGAAGUGCUCCAGUGAUGCUUUAGGGUGCAGCGGUCUUUGUCCUCCCCAGCUGUACUCCCUAGCCGCUGACCCCCGUGUGCGCUCCGAGCGAGCGGGGGGUGGGCAGCCGGAAACCUAUAACAUUAAUGGGGAUAAGGAGAAAGAAGCUAUCCCAGGGUGGUGUGUGCCGCCCAACCCACCCCCUCCCUUUCCCCUGCGGUCUGUCCCUGGGGUCCAGGCAGGGGAGGGUCUAGGCAAAGGCGCAGCGGCGGCUUGAGGAGCGUCCGGUCCGAGGGCACACACAGGCUGAACGAGGCUUGCGGCUUGUCCAUCUCCUCCAUCUCUUCUCCUCUCCCUGGCUUUUGUGUUGGUGCUUCGGAGCUGCAAGGAGGGUGCGCUGGGGGAGGAAGAGGGGGGCCCGGGUGACAGGCACCCCCUCCACGCGCGCGCGCGCACACGCUGCGGGCGCACGCACACGCGGGCGGACACACACUCACAGACACGCACGCACACACACACGCACAAAGCUCGCUCGCCUCGAGCACACUAACGUGGCCGUUUUCUUUGUGUGGAGCCCUUGAGGGGGGUUGGGGCCCCGGUCCGGUCCGGAGGAGAUGGCACAGCCCAUCCUGGGCCAUGGGAGCCUGCAGCCCGCCUCAGCUGCUGGCCUGGCGUCCCUGGAGCUUGACUCGUCGCUGGACCAGUAUGUGCAGAUUCGCAUCUUCAAAAUCAUUGUGAUUGGGGACUCCAACGUGGGCAAGACCUGCCUGACCUUCCGCUUCUGUGGGGGUACCUUCCCAGACAAGACUGAAGCCACCAUCGGCGUGGACUUCAGGGAGAAGACCGUGGAAAUUGAGGGCGAGAAGAUCAAGGUUCAGGUGUGGGACACAGCAGGUCAGGAACGUUUCCGCAAAAGCAUGGUCGAGCAUUACUACCGCAAUGUGCAUGCCGUGGUCUUUGUCUAUGACGUCACCAAGAUGACAUCUUUCACCAAUCUCAAAAUGUGGAUCCAAGAAUGCAAUGGGCAUGCCGUGCCCCCACUAGUCCCUAAAGUGCUUGUGGGCAACAAGUGUGACUUGAGGGAACAGAUCCAGGUGCCCUCCAACUUAGCCCUGAAAUUUGCUGAUGCCCACAACAUGCUCUUGUUUGAAACAUCAGCCAAGGACCCCAAAGAGAGCCAGAACGUGGAGUCAAUUUUCAUGUGCCUGGCUUGCCGAUUGAAGGCCCAGAAAUCCCUGUUGUAUCGUGACACUGAGAGGCAGCAGGGGAAGGUGCAGAAACUGGAGUUCCCACAGGAAGCUAACAGUAAAGCUUCCUGUCCUUGUUGAAACCAAAUGGUGUAAAUACAAGAUAAAUUAUUGCUGGAGUUUUUUUCUUUCCCUUUUUUGCGUGCCUGCAUAGCGCUGACACCUGCUUGUUUCCGUACAAAUUGAUAUCAAAAUAAAAUUUGUAUAGAUUA